GCCAUUUCCGGAGGGGGCGGGAGCCGGAGCGGCGCCGGGGCGGGAGCGGGGUCGGGAUCGGGACGGCACCGGCGCCAUGGGGAAGUCGGAUUUCCUCAGCCCCAAGGCGAUCGCCAACCGCAUCAAGUCCAAGGGGCUGCAGAAGCUGCGCUGGUACUGCCAGAUGUGCCAGAAGCAGUGCCGCGAUGAGAAUGGCUUCAAGUGUCACUGCAUGUCUGAGUCCCACCAGAGGCAGUUGCUGCUGGCUUCUGAAAAUCCUCAGCAAUUUAUGGAUUACUUCUCUGAGGAAUUCCGAAAUGAUUUCCUAGAAUUGCUCAGGAGGCGAUUUGGAACAAAGAGAGUCCACAAUAAUAUUGUUUACAAUGAAUACAUCAGCCAUCGAGAACACAUCCACAUGAAUGCCACACAAUGGGAGACACUGACUGAUUUUACAAAAUGGCUGGGGAGAGAAGGUCUUUGUAAGGUUGAUGAGACUCCCAAAGGCUGGUACAUUCAGUACAUCGACAGGGACCCAGAGACCAUUCGCAGGCAGCAGGAACAAGAGAGGAAGAAGAAACAGGACCUUGAUGAUGAAGAAAAAACUGCUAAAUUCAUUGAACAGCAAGUUAGAAGAGGUUUGGAGGGGAAAGAACUGGAAAUGCCCAUCUAUACUGAACUGAACAGAGAAAACGAAGAAGAAAAAGUUACAUUUAAUUUAAACAAAGGAGCAAGUACUUCAGUCGCAGCAUCUUCUAAAACAAGCAGUGUUCUUGGACAGAAUGCACUGAAGAUGGUGGAGGGGGCAGUUAAAAGAAAAGAAGCAGCUCAUAGCUCUGGUCAAACCAAAGAGAAAAAGAAGAAAUCUGCACUGGAUGAGAUCAUGGAGCUUGAAGAGGAGAAGAAAAGAACAUCUCGAAGAGACUACUGGUUACAGCCUGAAAUCAUUGUAAAAAUUGUAACAAAAAAGCUGGGAGAGAAGUACCACAAGAAGAAAGCAGUUGUUAAGGAAGUGAUUGACAAAUACACAGCAGUUGUGAAGGUGAUUGACUCUGGGGACAAGCUGAAACUCGAUCAGACACAUUUAGAAACUGUAAUACCAGCACCAGGCAAGAAAGUGAUGGUAUUAAAUGGUGGGUACAGGGGAAAUGAAGGCAUUUUGGAAUCCAUCAAUGAGAAGAAGUUUUCAGUAACAAUAACCAUUGACUCAGGACCUUUAAAAGGGCGCAGAGUCGAAGAUAUCCAGUAUGAAGAUGUUUCCAAACUUGCCUGAGGUGCCAAAAUCAGAGAAGAUUGUGGUUCAGAAUCUUCUUUCUGACAUCUCCCAGGCAGACACAAGACUCUACCAUGUCAGGGUUUUAAUUGUAUGUGUGUAUGUAUUUAUAAUGUAUAUAGACAUUACCAACAGCAAACUUGAUUUAUUUAAAGAUAGCUAUGAAUUUGUUACAUAAAAUGUUUAUGGAAAUACUAUCAAUGAAAUUUUUUCAUCUGAUUUUAUAUCAAAGUUAUAAUAUUUGCUUCAAUUUUCUUUUGUAAAAUGUAGCAGAGAGCUGCAAACUGGAGUAUGUGGGCAGGUCCUAAGAUAGAAUUGCCUACAGGGAGGUAGUGUAUGUUGGAGCCAGAGGAAUUUAAACACUUCUCAAUCUAGAGCCAAAAUGGACUUCUGGGUGCAGGAACAAGGCGAGGGAUUAAGGGAAUAGCAGGAGGAAAUGCAAGGGAUUAUUUCCUGGAUGCUGUAAGAGUGCUCUGGUUUAUUACGUGCAGUUUAUUUUUGAUCAGUGAUAGAAUUCAUCACUCCUCCAGCAAGUUUGUCAGGGCUCCUGAUAAUACUGACAUGGAAUUUAUCUUCAUGUGGACUCCAUAUGGAGCUGCUCCGUGGAUGUUACUUGUGGGGUGUCUUGAGAUGCCAGCUGAAGCUUGUGCAGAUAGGAACUGGGGGUUGCUCUUUUGAUUUUCCGAAGCCUUUUCCUUUCUUCCAUUGUUGCUCUGCUACAUGAGUAAUGUUACUCAUGCUAAAUGAUACAGCAUUACUUGGUUUAUUUUUUUAAAGGGGUCACAUUUUGUACAAUGUUUAAUUUCUAAGGCACUUCAGGAAUAAACAGAAACCAUUCUUA